CGCCUGUGCGGCUGCUGCAGACGCGCAGAGACGACGCCCCGAGGUAGAUGAUGCAUUUGAAGAGUUGACAGAAGAAGAGUUCCGGCAGUAUUGUCGCCUGUCCAAACGAACAGUGCGUAGCUUGUGCGACGAACUUGACCCUAUCAUUGGAUGCCAGCGAGCCAGUGGCCUUUCCACGAAGAGGAAGGUGUUGUGCGCGCUGCGAUUCUUCGCCACAGGAAGCUUCCAGAGAAGCGUUGGUCGCGAGGAGCAUAUCGGCAUGGCCCAGUCAGCAACACCAUUCACGAGGUGACGGAGGCCAUCAUUACCGUGUCUGCCCGAAGAAAGCUGGUUGACUUUUCCUUCGCACCGGCUGCCAAGGAUGAGGCAAAGGCGGCGUUAGCGCGACGCGGCGACAUCCCAGGCGUGCUGGCGUGUGUCGACGGUACGUUGGUCGCCAUCCGCAAGCCAGAGGGACUCAACUAUGCCGACACGGCGAGCUUCAUGUCAAGGAAAGGAUACUACACCCUAAACGUCAUGCUCGUGUGCAACGCAGACCUUCGCAUCCUUGUUGUGGAUGCACGGUUCCCUGGAUCGUGCCACGACUCAUGGGUGUGGACACAUAACCCACUGCGUGCACGCCUAGCCGCACAGCUGCAGCCUGGCGAGUAUCUGCUUGGAGACUCGGCAUAUCCCCUCGAACCAUGGCUGCUGAUUCCAGUGCCUGGCAAUCCCGCUGGCCACACCUCCGAAGGCCAGUACAACAAGCAGCACGCAUCCAUGCGCAAUGUUGUGGAGAGAUGUAUCGGGGUGUUGAAGAGCAAGUUCCGCUGCUUGCAGCACUUUCGGACAAUGCUCUACAAGCCCGAUCGAGCAGCGCGAAUCGUUUAUGCAUGCGUUGCUCUCCACAACAUUGCCUUGGAUGCGGGCGACUGGACGUUGGACGAGUAUAGUUGGGACGUUCAACCAGCCGGGGAUCCAGAUGAGCCAGAGGAGCCGGGGGUGAGCCAGGUACUAGAACCGCGCGACGUGCUGCUCAGAGGAAGGCAGCAGCGCAGUGCCGUCGUGGCCCUUUUCUGAAGGACACAGGAACGGGCCUCUGCCAGGUGCCGGAGCUCCCGCAGGGUACCCUCCUGAGCUGCUGCCGUCCUCUCCGCCGCGAUAGCAAGCCGGGUGGUGGACAGCUCAAUCCUGUGCAGUGUCUGGAUGAAUAAUUGUCGUGGAAAUGUCAGCAUGAGUUGCUGAUGAACUCGCAACCAGCCAAUGUCCGGAAGCUGCUGUUGUGAAGAAUUGCAACGUGCACAACAAUUCCCUCUUUGUUGAAGAGCCACUGCCCUGAUGUCAUCCUUUGGUAGUGUCAAGCAUCGUGUACAAGCUAUGCCCUCUUUGUUUGGACAGACUUAGAUCUGCUGGAACUACUCUUCUGUCAUCUACUCAAAUGCAUCUCUUACCACCAAACAUCCCUUUUCAGGGCUAUUCAACCUUUUGCCCGGCUGGUGAUCGCUGCUGAGAUACGUUACCGAGCCCUCAAUGCAUUGCAUAUUUCUUAUUUUCAUCCCCACUUGGUUGUUUUCCACAUUUAUGAUUCGGUUAUGAUAACAGAGCAUAAAGAAUACUUG